AUGAAGGUGAAUAUAACCACAAAAUCCUCUGCCGAUUCUUCCAAUCUUGUAUUUGUCAUGAUUCCGUUCAGUUUUUGGUUUGUGCUCAACUCGGCAAAAUGGGAUACUGAUGCAAUUUAUACACAGUAUUUAUGUGAUGUGCCUUCUUCAUUGAGAAUUCCAGUUACAUCACAAAAUAGCGAUGCCAUUCUAUCGUCACCCAGCAUAAUUGGAAAUGUUGGCAAUUUAGAAACGACAGAUCAGACGUUCUCCAUCUCGAAAUCUAUUGAAAUUGACUCGAGUACACAUUAUUCAUUUUUACUGCUAAAAUGUGAUCCUUACACUCCAAAGACAGAUAUUAAUGUCAAAGUUGAUUUACAGUUGAUUAAUCCAAAUGGACAACAUUUGAGCACACAAAAACAUCCUUAUAUUUUACUUUUCUUUGUUCUGAUGGUCGCUCAUGGUGGAUUACUAAUUUAUUUAUUAUUUUUCUUUUUGAAAAACAGGAGACAUAUUUACCGUCUUCAAAUACUUAUUGCCAUUGGACUUGUGUUACAGAUCAUCAGCUAUUCCUCUGUAUUUACAUAUUUUGAGUAUAUGAACGUUAUUGGGCAAAUAUCGGAUGCAUUGGAUAUUACUCUCUCGGUCAUUGGAGUAUUUGGAGAAACAUCAUUCCUAUUAAUAUUAUUUUUAUUAUCACUAGGAUAUUCAAUUACAGACGAAGGAAUGAAUCCUAAAGUCAGAUUAUUAUUUUCUGUCUGUUUUGUAGGAUAUUUGGGAUCAAGAUUACUUUAUGCAUUCUGCAAUGGAUCUUCUAUUUGCUAUAUUUUCUUCCUCUCGUUCAAAUUGCUCAAAUUUGUCAUAACUUUCGGAGCUAUUAUUGCAAUGAAUCAAACUAUUGACAAGCUUAGGAUUCAAUCAGCAGAACAGCAAUUUAGUAAUGAUAAUCAAAGCGAAGUGUUCAUCAAAAUGAAGAAGUAUAAAGCUUUUCGUUGGGCAUUUCUGCUUUAUCUAAUUGGACCUGUAAUUUCUCUGUUCAUACAAUAUACUGUGAUCACGUGGGUCAAUUAUUGGGUUUUGACGAUGGUCGAAGAAGCCUUGGUGUUUUAUAUCAAUUGUUUCAUUGUCAAAAACUUUUAUCCACAGCCUUUCAAUGUACCGAGAGCACAUCAGGACUAA